GCCAAUUCGUAGCUCCAGGUAAGGGAAAUGCAUCCUGGGCCAGCCUUGCUGUGGUGUGAGGUAAACGGGGCCCUGGCCUGUUGCUGUGUGUUGGGACGUGUGACGAUCAUUCCGAGAACGUGGGUGGGUUGUCACAGGCGGGGACCCCCAGAAGUGAAAAAUGUAAAAAGGCCUCCUGUUCCCGUCCUCGCCGCCCCUUGAACUCCUUGUUCCUGUCCCUCCAUACUUCGACCUUCGUCCCUGUCUCGAGCCUCAGCCUCGUGUUUGAAGGGUGUUUUUCUUUUACUUGUGUCUUUUCUGAUACCCCGUUGAUACCCCGUUUCCUACUUCAACCAACACCACAGUCAUCAUGUCUGAGCAGAGAUUCGAGACCCUCCAGCUCCAUGCGGGCCAGGAGCCUGACCCUGCCACCAACUCCCGUGCUGUCCCCAUUUAUGCCACCAGCAGCUACGUUUUCAAUGACUCGGCUCACGGUGCCCGCCUCUUCGGCCUCAAGGAGUUUGGCAACAUCUACUCCAGAAUCAUGAACCCCACCAUCGAUGUGUUCGAGAAGAGAAUCGCCGCCCUCGAGGGUGGUGUUGCUGCCGUUGCCGCCUCCUCCGGCAUGGCCGCUCAGUUUAUGGCCAUUGCCGCUCUUGCUCACUCCGGUGACAACAUCGUUUCCACCUCCAACCUCUACGGCGGUACCUACAACCAGUUCAAGGUCCUCUUUCAGCGCUUCGGCAUCACCACCAAAUUCGUCACGGGAGACAAGCCCGAGGACUUCGCCGCUGUCAUUGACGACAAGACCAAGGCCGUCUACAUUGAGAGCAUUGGCAACCCCCGCUACAACGUCCCCGACUUCGAGAAGAUUGCCAACAUUGCCCACGAGCACGGUAUCCCCGUGGUUGUCGACAACACCUUCGGCGCCGGCGGUUACUUCGUCCGCCCCAUCGAGCACGGUGCUGAUAUCGUCGUCCACUCUGCCACCAAGUGGAUUGGUGGUCACGGUACUACCAUCGGUGGCGUCAUCGUCGAUGCCGGCAAGUUCGACUGGGGCAAGCACGGCAAGCGCUUCCCCCAGAUGGUUGAGCCCUCCGAGGGUUACCACGGGCUCAAGUUCUGGGAGACCUUCGGUGUCAUCACCUAUGCUAUCAGAGUUAGAGUCGAGCUCCUCCGCGACCUCGGUGCCUGCCUCAACCCCUUCGGUGCCCAGCAGCUCCUCCUCGGUAUCGAGACUCUCUCCCUCCGUGCCGAGAGGCACGCUUCCAACGCCCUCACCCUCGCUCGUUACCUCGAGGCCAGCCCAUAUGUGGCCUGGGUGUCGUACCCCGGUCUCGAGAGCCACCCAUCUCACGAGUUGGCCAAGAAGUACCUCAAGCGCGGUUUCGGCGGUGUCUUGAGCUUCGGUGUCAAAGGUGGCGGUGCUGCCGGCAGUCAGAUUGUCGACAGCUUCAAGCUCAUCUCCAACCUUGCCAACGUUGGCGACUCCAAGACCCUUGCCAUUCACCCAUGGACCACCACUCACGAGCAGCUCACCGACGAGGAGAAGAUCAGCUCGGGUGUGUCUGAGGAUCUCAUCCGUGUGUCUGUCGGUACUGAGCACAUUGAGGACAUCGUUGCCGACUUUGAGCAGGCGUUCAAGGCUGCUGAGGCUUCGACGACAAAGGGUGAGGAGACAGAGGUGGCCGAUCGGACCAAGACUGAUGCUGCGCCAACUGAAGUUUAAAUGAUUUAUGAGAUAUAAUACCUAAGCGAGCGUUUUUUUUUUUUUUUUGGAUGAUAAAUAAAAGAAAGAAUUCAAAUUUCAACCCAUUAUACCAUCUUGAAUGUUGCGAGCUCUGUGAUCCAAC